AUGCGACGUGACAGGAGUAUAUCUCAUCUUUCCAGAAUUCCUAGACUCCCUAGGAGGGAAGCAUGUCAGUCUUCUUUUGCAUCCCCGUGCUGCCUUGCACGCCGGCAGACAGAGCAGGCAUGUGACAAACGCCAGGUCGCAACAAGUCUGAGAUUCUUCGUGGAAGAAAUUUUGAGAGAGAAGGCGGGUGCAGACUUCCUUCUGCGGAGACUUCCUUCGGCCGAGACUUCCUUCCGCCGAGACUUCCUUCCGCCGUCCAGGGCUGUUUGUCCUCCUGAGGUGGAGGCUGCCGCUGCCGGCCGGAAGCUGAGCACCAGGGUCUCUUCCUCUCCCCUCCUCCUCCUCCUCCUUUGGGAUGGGGCCCUGCAGUCGUGCUUCCGCCUCAGGUCUCCCGUCAGGACCCGCGACAGGGACCCCGGGCUGCAGGCGCUGGGCGGGCGCGGUGCCCUAGCGGGGCUCGGUCGCCCAGACACCAACUCUCUCGCCUCGCCACGUGGGCGGCGCGACCCGCUGUGGAGUUCAGUGCCACGCAGGAAGGACGGCAGGGACCCGCGCAGGCGGCAGCCCCGUACGCCUGUUUGCUCCUGGCUGUAUCUGGCGUAUCGCUCAUGCUUCAGUCAGGGAAUUGGGCAGUACGUGCCGAAGACGCAGCCGCCACGACGGCCCUUGCCGCCCUCCCCAGUGCGCCUGCGCGCCGGAACGCCCGCGUCUCUGCAGGUCGGCGCCAGCCCUGGCUUGAAGCUCCGGGCGAAGCGGCUCCAAACCACCCGCUCAGCGCACCGCACGCGCAGUCCUUGCCCGCAUGCUGUUCCUGGACUCUGCUGAAAUUCCAGCCAGUUCCGCAGCCCGAAACAUGGAGCACCAAAAUGGCUACCAGCAAGUCUCAGGGCUGAAGAGUAACAUCAACCAAGAAGAUACCAAUAUGAACCCUUUUUAACUGAGUGGAGAUGGAGGAGAAACCCCAGAACCUUGCAGGAUCUUGCUUACCGACCUUAUUUUUCCCCCCAAAAGAGAUGGGCUUAUUUUCUGCAAGAAAAGAGACUUAGAUGGCAUUUUUAAAAGGAGCCAAUGUUAAAGUUUUGUGAAAGUUGGUCUGGGAUGGUGUGGCAUGUGCUGUCUAUAUGAUAGAACUGAGGGUGGGUUAGGGCCCAGGUGAAGGCAGGAUCCAUGCAGGUUCAGUGGGCUGACCUUCUUGUCUGCUUUUCAUCAGCAAUGGUCAGUAACUCCAGUGCCAGAUGACCACUGGAUGACGAUGGUAGACAGUUGCUAGGUGAACCCAGCAUCAGGGUACAUAGCAAGGUUAUUUAAGCUUAUCUGCGUUAAAGUAUCUUCACUGCCAAAUGGUAAGUUACAAGAUGGAUAUAUAAAAUUUUAGUAAAAUAAUUUUUCAGAUUUCCUUGUAGAUAUGUUUAACCCCUAACUUCUAAGGAAAAGCAAUGCUUUUUAUAAGUCAAGCCUUCGUAGUAAAUGUGUGUCGAAUUACCAGUUUUAUAAAUUAAACUCACAAAGAAAUAACAUCUGAUUUCUAAAUAUGGGUAUGUGUGGUUAUUUCAUCAUUGGAGAAACUUCAGGAGUGACUCUUCGGUCUCUUACAAAUCCAGUGACGCAGGCAGAGUCAUAGGGAGCAGAAAGAAGCCCACAUUCUUGCCUCACUAAUUCAUUACUUUUUAAACAAGAUGUUUAAAAAUUACUUCCAGCAAACUAGGAAGUACUGUCUUGCCCAAACUUUAAAGUUUUUUUUCUUUCUCUUUUUGUUUGUUUGCAGCGGGCAGUCUAAUUAUAAUAAAAUUUAAAGAAAGCAGGGGCAUGGUAAACUAUUUUCUUUAUAUUUUUAUUUUCUAUUUCUCUCUUCUUCUUCUCUCUUCUUCUUUUUGUUUGAGACGGAGUUUUGUUCUUGUUGCCCAAGCUGGGGUGCAAUGGCACAGUCCUGGGUUCAAGCAAUUCUCAGCCUCCCAAGUAGCUGGGAUUACAGGCACCUGCCACCAUGCCUGUCUAUUUUUUUUUUUUUUUUUUGCAUUUUUAGUACAGACAGGGUUUCACCAUGUUGGUCAGGGUAAUCUUGAAUUCCUGACCUCAGGUGAUCGCCCACGUUGUGCUCCCAAAGUGCUGGGAUUACAGGCGUGAGCCAUCACACCCGGCCUUAUUUUUUCUUUCUUCUUGUAAAAUGAAGUACUCUUUUCAGUAUUUUUUAACUACCUACCCUGACUCCAUCUCCCUCUUUCCAGUCUUGCCUCCUUUCAUUCCCGGAAUAAUGUUAGUCUUAGGAAGUAGCUUUCUAGAAGCUUCCCCGCAGUAGGUGAUACGAAAGCUUAGGAGUUCUUCUUCUUUCUUUUCAGUGGGUACCGGUGUGAUCAUUGAAAGCAGUUUCCCGUUCAGUUCAGUGUAGUGCUUGGGAAAGGAGGAGUAGAGGGAUGGUGUCUGUUUGAUGAAUAGCUUUCACUGUUUUUUAUUUAUGUUCCCUAAAGCAGUGUUCUCCAGGCAGAAUACUUGAUUGCAAAAGCAGGAGACUUGUAUUCACCUUCUCGUUUUACAUUGAUUUUCUGUUCUGCUUGAGGCCUUUGUGUUUAUAAAUGUAAAAAAAACAAUUAAGAAAAUCUGCCUUUAUUUUAUUUGGCAUUUUUUGGCCUGCCUGUUGAUUGGGGCACCAGUUGCUGUUUUCAUAGGAAAAUGUAGAGGUGUAGACUUUACAUCCUCUAAGCUUCCCUGGAGGUCACCUGCCCGUGGGUAUUAAAUGGGGCUGUAAUCGUGGUCGCUACUGGACUCCUUUACUCUGGCUCAUAGUUUUCAGCGUGUUGGUGAGUGUUUCAAACAAGUAUGACCAACUGUGUUAACUGGCUGCCAUGUUUCUUUUCUUUCUUUCCUUUCUGAUGUCUGUUGUGCACCAGACACCUCUAUAUCCUGAUUCAGCUAUGACUCUUUGAAGCUGCAGGGUGUUGGAGGGUGGGAAAGGACCUGCAUUUCUCUUACAUUCUGUUGGCACUCCUUUAAGGCAUCUAGGAUGCCAGUGUCACAGAGAAUUUUCAGAGAACAGCUGCCUUAGGUUUCUAUAAAUAGGACCUGCUCAUCCCGUUAGACCUCUGUAUCACAGCAUGCUGUACUCAGAAUCUCUACACAUUUUCACUUGCUUAACCUUGCUGUGACUCUAAAGUUUUCAUGCCCUUAGGAUGCAUUAUCCGCUAGAAUGCCUCACGGUUCCCCAAAGUGAGCUUUGUCCAACGUAAGUCAAAACAGACAUCUGGCUAAUGACUACAGUCUGUACAAUGUAGAUACUAUAUUUAGGAAAAAUAAAAAUACACAUAAAUUUGUGUAUAUAUAUAUGUGUGUGUGUGUAUGUGCAGGCCCCAAUAUAUGGUGCUUUAUAGAAAUAUAUUUUACCCAUAUUCAUCUAUUUUUGAAGUCUCCAACUAUAAUAGUGGAUUCAUGUAUUUCUCCUUGCCUUUCUGUCAGCUUUUGCCUCACAUAUUUAAUCUCUGUUGUUAGGCUCCUGCAUAUUAAGGAUUGUUACAUCUCUUUGGAGAAUCGACCCAUUUAUCAUCAUGUAAUAUUCUUCUUUACUCCUGAUAACUUUCCUUGUUCUGAAGUUUGCUCUGUCUAAAGUUCACAGAGUUUCUCCUGCUUUCUUUUGAUUAGUGCUAGUAUGGUGUAUCUUUCUCCACCUAUUUACUUUUAAUCUAUAUGUCUUCAUAUUUAACGUGAGUUUCUUGUAGCCAACAUAUACUUGGGUCUUGUUUUUGGAUCCACUCUGGUAGUCUUUUAAUUGGUACAUUUAGACCAUUGAUGGUUCAAGGUAAUAACAGGUAUAGUUGGAUUCAUGUCUACUGUAUUUGUAGUACUUUCUAUUUGUUGCCCUUCUUCCUCCUCCUCCUCCUCCUCCUCUUCUUCUUCUUUCUUCUUUCAUCUUCUUCUUCUUUUUGUUUGAGACAGAGUUUUUCUCUGUUGUGCAGACUGGAGUGCAGUGGUACAGUCACAGCUCACAUCAGCCUCAACUUCCUGGGCUCAACUGAUCCUCCCACCUCAGCCUCUCAAGUAGUUGGGACUAUAGGCAUAUGCCACCAUGCCUGGCCAAUUUUUGUAUUUUUUUGUAGAGACAGGGUUUUGUUGUGUAGCCCAGGCUGGUCUCAAACUCCUGGGCUCAAGCUAUCCACUUGACUCAGCCUCCCAAAGUGCUGGGAUUAGGGGUGUGAGCCACUCUGCCUGUCUCUCUUGUUCCUUAUUUCUUUUUUUUUUGUAUUUCACUCAUUUUCUGUCUUUGUGGAUUUGAUUGAGAAUUUUAUAGGAUUCAACUUUCCCUCCUUUGUUUAUAAUACAUAUUUACAAAUAAUAUAAGCUGAUUUUGAAACAGCACUUACCACUUUAUAAUAGUAUGAACAUCUUAUAAUAAAAUCCUAAGUCCUCCCUCCCAUAUCUUGUAUCAUUGCUGUUACUCAUUUCACUUAUAUAUGUAUACAUAAGCAUGUGUAUAUAUAUAUAUAUACACACACACA